GAUGCAGUGACCUAUGAUGAUGUGCACAUCAGCUUCACUCAGGAAGAAUGGGAUUUGCUGGAUCCUUCCCAGAUACGACUCUACAAAGAUGUGAUGCUUGACACCUACAAUAAUCUCACUGCCAUAGGUUACAGUUGGGAGGACCAUAAUAUUGAAGAACAUUGUCAAAGUUCUAGAAGACAACAUAGAAG